AUGAGGCUCAUAGUGGGCUUGGUUGGCCUCGUGGCCGUGCUGCAGUGCUGCCCUUUAGCUGCGGUCGCUGAAGGGGAUAAAAUGCUAGAUGUCGCAGCUAAGAAGGCAGUAGAAGAGUCUGUAGCUGCUCCUCUCUCAGAAUUUUGGAAAGACUUAUACGACCUUGUGGUGCGCAAGCAAGGAUCGAAGGCGGCCCGCCGCUUGCGGUACAUGUUUGCUGGCCUAGGGGGCAAGAACGAGGCGCUGCAGCUGGCUCGGUUCUUGAUGGAACGACUAAAGAAAGAUGUAUUCCAGGGCCGCGUCAACCAGCAGACGUGGGAUGCGCUGACGAUGGAGCUGUAUGAGGCGCUGCGGGACUGGUGGUCUCUGACCCCCGAGAACCCCCGCGACGCAGCAGACUUGGGGGCCUGGCAGGCACUUGUAAACCUGCAUAAGAAUGUUAUGGGCCCAGCACUCCGAGGCAGCAGCCGCGUCAGCAACAUCAACGACCUGCUGCUCGACCCCGAGCUACAAACCAUCAGACGCUGGGUCAACGACUGGAGGGGAACACCCACACCACAGCCGGAGAAGGCAGCAGAGGGCGGUACAGGAGGAAAAGCAGACAGCAACUAA